CAUUACGUAUAAGACUUAUUGCUACCACAAUAAUUUGUAUCCGUAAAUGCUUGUCUCUUAAACAAACCUGAAGAGGACUGCGAUUUGCAGUCGAAACGUCGUGACAAAUUAAAUACAUAGCCAGUUAUGUAGAAACAAUUGAUUGAUUAUUUACAUCAAGUAAGUUUUCCAAUGACAUAAUGUAACGGGCUUAUCAGUGCAAUAAUAACAUUUGCAACCUUUGAUGUAUUAUUUUAUUUUAUUAUCGGGUAUCUUGGCAUUUUUGAUAUUAGUCAUCAUUAGCCAUUAACCAUUAGCCUGUAGCCUUUUUGAAUAACUAUGCAUUAUUAGUACGUCUCAGCAAUUUUGCAUAUUAUUACAUUACGUACCACAUGUUAUAAAUAAUAGAUUAAAGAGCUCCAUGGUUACUUCGUGACUAACAUACGAUCGAUUAACACUUUAUACUUCGUUGCAACAACUGCUCACAGUAUUAAACUGGAACUUGUUAAGUGUAAAUGUGGAAAAGAAAGGGCUUAUUUUGAUUGAUGCAUAUGCAGUGGAAAAAUUAAUUUAAGCAUUAAAUUUAAAAAACAGGAUCUUACAAUCAUGCUUACAUUAAUUCAAAAUGUGUUGAUAAUAGUGAUUAGUAACUUUUAGACUAAUAUUCAGACAAUUUAGAUUAUUGUUCGUCCGCAUAUGACAUUUCAGUAAUUAUGUCGAGGAUAUUUCUAAAACAAAUGAUAAGCAAAACACAAAGGUGGCAACUCUUUUAUGCCACAGAUUUUCACAGUGUGAUGUAUCCCUGCUUCACAUUGUGCCGCAUCCUGGGAAUAUUCCCGUACAAGAUCAAUAAGUUGAAGUUCGAGAUUUCAAAACCACUUUAUAUCUUAUCGAUUAUCAUUACCUGCGCUUUAUGUCUUUGCGAAUACACAAUCCUCUGUCAGUACAAUACUUUUAUAAAUGUCACAAAAUUUGAGGCCACAAGCUUUUUUUUUGAAAUUAUCUUCUACUGUGUAUCGGCCGCUUCCAUAGCAAUCGUUACGCUCGUUUUGAGCAGGUCGCGAAUGCGCUUGCUUCAGAUCAUAAUGGAGAUCUCUUUGAAACUGGAUUUGGAGUCAUACCAGAAGUUAUCAAGAUUAAUUCACGCAAAGGAUAUCUUUGGUUUCUUCUAUCUUAUUUGCAAAUUUUUUACAUGUACCUAUAUAACAAACUUACCUUUUUUGCAAACAAUAGUCUCACUAUAUACAGUUUUACUAGUGUUUGCAAUGGACAUGCUAUACAUAAACUGCGUUUGCAUAUUAAAAGCCUGUUACAAGGAAAUUAACAAUAGUCUUCUACACAUGCAAGAUUUUAUGAUAAACAAGGAACCUCGCGUUGCCAUGUUGUUUUAUAAACAGAGAAAUACAUUCCUGAUAAUAAAACUCAAGAACGUGCAGAAGCAACAUCUGAUGAUCAGCAAAACAGUACAAAUGCUGAACAUAAUUUUUAGUUUACAACUUCAUGCUACGAUAAUAUCAAGCUAUUCUGCAAUCAUUUUUGGAUUUUACCACUACUUUCAUGUAGUAAAAUGGUAUAACGGAAUCAUCAAUUUGAAUGAAAUGUUCAGUAUAAUGUUCUUGCUAACCGCAAUAGAUAUCAUUAUAAAAUUGGCAUUACUUGUGUGGGCUUGCGAGACCGGCAAGAAUCAAGCACAAGAAAUCCGUACUACGAUUCACGAUGUACUUAACAGCAGCAGAGACGAACAAAUAAAAAUUGAGUUGCAGCUGUUUUCUUUACAAUUAUUGCAUGGCGAAAAUAGAUUUUCGGCCAAAGGUUUCAAUGUGGACGCAACAUUUUUCGCUUCUAUGGUGGGUACCAUUACAACGUACGCGUUAAUUUUGUUACAAUUCUUGAAGAUGUCACAGUCUUGCGAUGAAACAUAUACAAUUAACACUACAUGAAUAAUGUAAUUCUGCAAAAAAGAUAACAAAUUACAAAGACAAUUGUUUUCACAUUUGGCAAUAGUUAUUCGUAUAUAUACAAAUACAUGUACAUAGAUAAGAUU